AUGUCUAGAUCAGGAGUUGCAGUUGCCGACGAGUCCUUAGCCGCCUUCAAUGACUUGAAGUUGGGCAAGAAGUACAAGUUCAUUGUGUUUGCCUUGAACGCCGAGAAGACCCAGAUUGUCGUGGACGAGACCUCGACCGACACCGACUACGACAGCUUUUUGGAGAAAUUGCCAGAAAACGAGUGCAAGUACGCCGUGUACGACUUUGAGUACGAGAUCGGUGGUGGCGAGGGCAAGAGAACCAAGAUCGUGUUCUACACCUGGUCGCCUGACACCGCACCCGUGAGAUCCAAGAUGGUGUAUGCGUCGUCCAAGGACGCUUUGAGAAGAGCGUUGAACGGAAUUGCCGCGGACAUCCAGGGCACUGACUUUUCCGAGGUUGCGUACGAGUCUGUUUUGGAGAGAGUCAGCAGAGGCGCCGGCUCGCACUGA